CUACAAAAAUAUGAUAGCAUAUCCGCAUCAUCCCUUGGAGGGGGACAAGGAAAUUACAUGAAAAAUCUAGCGAACCAUUUUGAUUUUGACCCAACUCCUCAUCCUCACAAUUGAUUUGAAAAACUUUCUUCACAAUUGAUUUUGAGGAAAAAAAAGACCUCCAAUUUCAAAUCUUGUCAAAUCCGAAGAAAAAAGAGGUGGGCUUCUUCACAAAAUGUUAUUUGAUUUGAUUGGAUAGGCCUAGAACAGAAACCCAGAAAGAAGAUCCAGAAGAUACCAUUCAAAUAAUUUGUGGGAAGUUUAAGCUAUAAAGCUAUGGGAAGAUUGUUCGUGGUGAAUCUGGAGGGGCAGAUCUAUAGUUGCAAGUACUGCGGAACCCAUCUUGCUCUUUACGACGAUAUCAUCUCCAAGUCCUUUCACUGCAAGCAUGGGAAAGCUUACCUCUUCAAUAAGGUGGUAAACGUCUCCUCCGGUAAGAUAGAAGAUAGAUUGAUGAUGACGGGGAUGCAUACGGUUGCUGAUAUCUUCUGUGUGGGGUGUGGAUCAAUAGUGGGGUGGAAAUAUGAGACUGCCCAUGAAAAGAACCAAAAAUACAAGGAGGGAAAAUCUGUACUUGAGAGAUUCAAGGUUUCAGUUCCUGAUGAAAGCAGUUACUUGGCCAGUCAGGAAGCAGAUGGUGGUGGAAGUGAUGAAGAUGAUGUUUGAUCUUUGUAUUAUCCAAUUGUAAAUUCUGUAACCCAAAAAAUCUUCUAAUUUGGACUGCAACUCUGAAGAUGGUGAUGCUGUCUCAUUUCACCACCUAAAAUCCUUGAUGUUUGAUGUUGGGAUGAGAAGUGAAUAAUUGUUUCUUCUGAAUUAAGUGAUUUCAACCGGUUUGUGGCCAAA